UUCACGAAGAGUGAGGAAUUUGCAACAUCAAAUGAAGCAGAGAUUUGCAGUGCCAAAAGAAGAUGGAAGAGGAAAACAUGGAAACUACCCAUAUAAAUUUCAAGACAAAGCUGUACAAAGUGUUAGAGAAUUUCUCAACGCCAUACCGAAAUAUAUCAGUCAUUACAGUGGGCAACCGAACCCUAAUAAAGUGUAUUUGGAUUGUGAUCUCACAAUUGCUUCCUUAUUUCGAGAUAAAUACUCAGAAUACUGCAAGGAAAAGCAGGUUCCUGCAGUAUCUGAAAGUAAAUUCAGAGAAAUUUUCGUAUCUGAAUUUAAUGUAGGCUUCAAACUACCAAAAAGUGACACCUGUUCAAAAUGUGAUGGAUUUCUAAUUGCUAUAAAUAACCCAGAAUUAUGUGCAGAAGAAGUCACAUAAAGGAAACAAAAAUAUGAACUGCAUCUCAAAAAGGCUGACGGAGGACAAAAUAUGAUUGCGUCUUUAACUGUUCUGGCUAAAGAAAAUUCGAAAGAGCAUCAUGCGAUAGCAAUGGACAUGCAGCAAACA